UGGAAAAAAUGCUUUUCAUAAAGAAAUCAAUCAAUGUUAUAGCUCAUUAAAAAAUAUGUGUAUUAUAUAUACAAUAAAUAAAAAAUUACAUUGAUACAAAUGGUAUCAGCAUCUGCUAAUAAGUAUGGUACUUAUACAUUGCUAUGUAAUAGCAACUAAAAACAUAUAUUACACAGUUAAAUAAAAUCAAUUUAAUUAAGAAAAAAUUUUUUAAAUAAUAAUGCUAAUAAAACAGAAUAUAAUUUUACUAGGAUCUGUGCAUUUAAGACACAGCACUGUGGUUAAAUUUAGAUCAAUGAGACUAGAUACCACUUUAAGUUUAAAGUUAGCUCAGAGUUAGCCCAGUUAGGGCUCUUAGCUGAGCCACAAGUUUGAAUGGAUCCGAUUAAAUUUAUUUAAAAUAUUAGUAAAAUUAAACCGGAGAUGCCUUUAUCAAGUGGAAAUAAAGAACCAGAUGACAGUCAAACAUGGGAAUUAGCAGAAAGAUGUCUUCUUCCAAUUGCAUUUUCACAUGCAAUCGCAGUCAUUUUAGCAACUGUUUUAAAUACAUUAAAUAUAUCACAAACAUCUAGUUUUGUGCUUUUUCUAUUGUUAUUAGUUAUAUCCAUAGGGUCUACAUUGUUUUAUCACAAUCUGAAGGUAACUGCUGCAGGGAAAGCAGUUCUGAUUACAGGAUGUGAUUCAAGAGUUGGAUAUACUUUGAGUAAACAAUUAGAUGAAUUGGGAUUUACCGUUUUCGCGGGAUUUAACACCAAAAAUGAAGAUGAAGCAAUGCAAAAAUUAAAGCAAGAAGCUUCUGGCAGAUUACAUGUAUUACAACUGGACAUAACUAGUGAACAUGAUAUCCACUCAACUUUUCUUUAUGUGAAUGAAAACUUGCCAGAUGGUGCACCAGGUUUAUGGGCAUUAGUCCAUGCUGCUGCUUGGGUAACUCUAGGUGAAUGUGAAUGGGUACCUCCUUCCAUAUUAAAACGUAGCAUAGACAUUAAUUUCAUCGGCCUUGCUCGCUUAACUCAAGUUUUUCUACCUCUAAUUAGAAGAUCAAAAGGUCGUGUUGUAUUGGUCAGCAGCCUUCUAGCUCGAAUACCAAGUCCUGUUCGGGGUAUUUAUUGUGCAGUUAAGGCUGCAGUUGAAGCUUGGGGGGCUUGUCUUAGAUUAGAAAUGAGAAGAUGGGGAGUGGAUGUGGUUAUUGUUGAGACCAGUGAAUAUGUAUCUGGAAAUGCAUGGUUAAAAGAUAACAGUGCAUUAUUAGAACAAGCUAGAGAAAUGUGGACUCAAUUAGAUCCCCAAACCCGCAAGGAAUAUGGAGAAGAACUAUUUCAAAAAGAAAUGUUAGCUCUUGAAAAAUAUACACAAGGAAUAGAAGCUGAUUUAACCCCAGUAACCAGAGCCUUAACAGAUGGGGUGAUGAAAACUUUUCCAAUGAGAAGGUAUGCACCAGUUUCACGUAAAGAAAGAAUACAAGCUUUGUGUAGUGAUUAUCUUCCAAAACCAGUUUAUGAUAUAUUAUAUACAAACUAAAAAUGAAAAUCUAAGAGUACAGAUGAUGCUAAAUAAAAGAUUAUUUAAAGCA